UUUGCCGCCAACACAGUCCCUUCUGGAAUCUUAGGCGCGUGCCGCCGGCAGAAGCCAUUUCUGGUGUCGUGAGAAUCUGAACGCUCUAUUAACUUUGGCGCAGUUUGAGCUCUCCUCCGCUGCAAUGGCGGAGCCGUUUGACUACUCGAACACCCAGCGCAUAGUCCUCCUCAUAGAUCUUCACCCGCUGCAGACUUUCCAGAACCCUAUCUGUUACCUAACUUCCGUCUCCGCAGCCGCCAAGCGCCUCCUAACCUUCGCUCCCCUUUCUCAAUCCCUCUUCUCCUUCAAAUUCUUCUUCUCCUCUCUCUCCCCUCUCCUCUCCGCCUCCGCAGUCGGUCGUCUCAUCGGUAACGCAUCCGCCUCUCCUCUCUCUUUCACCCACCCUUCCCAAACCCUAGCUUCCCUUACCGAUGUGCUCACGUCUAUGUCCAUUCCGGUGGAAUUUGAGGUAGAUCCGCCUCGCGCUUCUUGUGUCGCGAGCUCUCUGCACCAGAUCAUCCGCGAUUAUGCUUUGGAAUCUGAAAUCGACAAUCUCCCAGGUAUGGCUAGUGUCGACUUCCCGAAAAUUUCUUCGAAUUUGGUGCUUUUGUUUUCGCCUAUGCCUAAGUCGAUGGGUUGCUUAUCUGAGUAUAUGAAUCUGGGUGGGAAUUCCGAAAAUUUAAGGGAUUUUGAUGGAUUUAUGGUCAAAUUUCGCGAGUUGUUUUGUACUCUAAGCAAUGCGUUUGCUAAUAGAGAUAUUCAGUUUAGUUGGAUUGAUGUGAGAGAUGGCCCCGUGGAGUGUGUGGAUAAUGUGAAAGUUGAUGAAUUUGGAGGAUUAAUGCUUUUAGAGAAAGGAAUUAAGAGCUAUGGAUGGGGUUUUAGUUCAACGGACUCAAUUGUUUUAGGUUCUGCUCUGAUUCCGUUCGGGUUGAUAUAUCCUAAAAUAGGGGUUUCUUUAGAGUUUUUGAAUUGUACUGAUGAUGCUCUUAAAGGUCGUUUUGGACAUCUAAAUCUUGAGAUCCUUGAUGUGAAGGGAAAGCCUUUGGAAUGGAAGUGUUGUGAUCUUGAAUUUCUGAAUCUGAAUAUACUGCCUAGGCUCAGAACUGAUAAUAUUCUGAGUACUUUAGGACUUAUUGAUUCACAAAGUGAGGUCUGCAAUGGAGAAUCAGUUUGGUGUAUUGGUGAAGGGGUGAUAAGGAUGCAAAUUAAGGCUAUUCAAAGGUAUGGUGUGGCUGGAAAAGUUGAGGGGUGCAGAACUGGUUCCAUUGUAGUACGAGAGAUUUCUGGAGAUUCUAAGAAAUGCAAAACCAAAGUUGCUGAUGAUUUCUUUGCUUAUAGAGUUCUUGACUUAUUGUCUGGAGAGACGGGCGAGAUUACACAAAGAAACUCCAUGCCUAUCUGGAACAUCCUGCUGAAUUUUCUGUACAAGGAAGGCUGCCAGGCCACAGUGUCCCUCUCAAGUGACAGUGGACAGACAUCUGCGGGCAUUCUCAAGCCUCUGACGGUUCACUUAGCGCUGCUUUCAGUCAUUGAAAAUGAUAAUGUUAAAGAACCUGAUUGGAAUCAAUCAGGGUCUGCAGAUGUAGGGGAGAGGAUUCACGACACACUUGUUGAUGCAAAUGACAGCAAUGUGUUUAGUUCUCAAACUUCGACUUCUACGAAUUGUGAACCACUAGGGAAUGGGAAAAGAAAAAAGAAUAAGAAGUCUUUGGUUCAGAAUCUGUCUUGGAGCUCAUUUUGUGACUUGGCUUUUAAAUGUUCUGAUUUUGAUUUGGUUGAGGUCUGCUUUGCCAGGAAACUUGAAACCCCAAAGACGCUAAAGUUCUUAAAAUGCUGGAUGGAGCAAAUCAAAAAGUCCAGCAGCAGUUGGCUAAGAGCACCUCCUCAUUUAUCCCAGUCACAGCAGGACAUGUUACAGCCUUUAUUCUCUCAAGUAAACAUAAUGCAGGAGGGAGAUGCAUCUUUGUCUUGCUCUGAAACUGCUGAAGUCUUUUUCGGUAAUCUUCCAAAAAAGAUUGAGCAUGGUCUAAGAUCUGGAAUGGAUUUGCAGAGUUUUGCUGAACGUCUAGUAAAGUCAUCUAUACGUGUGUUAUCUCAAAAAUAUGAAACAGAUGAUACCGUAGGUGUUCGUACUGAAAAGAUAAAAGGAGACAAUGUUCAUAAGAACUUAGCUGCAGAACUCAUGGAACUUCUAUUAAGGAAGCCCAAAGAAAUGAAAGAAAAGCUGGCGUCUAACAAUCCUACCUCUGAAGCAUCUGAUUUCAGUACAACCUCAGAAACUAUUGUUAGAGAAUAUGAAUUGCAGGUUUUGCUCCGGAUGGAAAUACUUCGUUCAGAUCUUUCUGCGAGUAUGAAAGACUCCUCAAAGGAGACGCUUGUGAAGCAUAUUUGCUCCCUUCUAGAGAUAAUUCAGUACCUUGUUGAAGGAGGCAUUCAUGGCCAUGUUAGCCUUUAUGAUUAUGUUGAGCGGACCAUCAGGACAAGGUAUUGUCACAUUCUUGAAGAUGCUGUAAAUAAAAUCUACACCCGAAUGGAGCUACUACCGUUUGGUGAUGAAGACCAAAUUCAGGCUCACCUCUUCAACAGUGAGGAUAGUAAUCAAUCUUGGAGGGAGAAACAAGACAGAUAUGAAAUGACUGAAUCCUAUAGCAUUCAACAAUCAAUUUUUACAGCAGAUGACUCCAACCAGCCACUAGAUGCCAAUGAGAGCUCUGAGGGGAUUAGAGAGGAGGAACACGCACGCAAGGUAACUGAAGCUCGUGAAAGGAGAGAGAAAGCUCUGAGAUUCGUAUACCAUUCAAGGAUGCGAGACCUGCAGAGAGUAUGGGCGCCCAGGCAGCUUAAGGCACCAAAAGGAAAAUCUGAACAGCAGGAGGACUCUAAAAGGAAAGAGAGGCGAAAAGCUCAUUACAGUGUGGUGUGUGAAACCCCAAUGACCGAAAGAAAACGUGUGCGCUCUUGUGAUGGGGAUGAGGUGCACACAGACUCCGGGAACUCUUCACAAUCUGUUUCCAAGGCACUGUUUCAGGAUAGCUAAUGAUGAGCUUCAGAGCUGGCUUGGCUACUGCAUUGAUUUUCAUCAGCUGCCAAUCCAAGAAAACAAGAUCUAAGAUGACAGAUUGAUAGUGCUUUGUUUAGUUCACUAUUUCAGUAGGUAGUAUUUGAGGGAAGGUCUAAGAUGAUAGUGCUAAUGCAUCAUUGUUAGUCCGAAGUGUAAAUCCCAAACAUCACAGACGACCCUUCUUUUUUCUUCUGUAAUUUAUAAUACAGAUAACAUUAAGAAAUGCAAGUUAACCAUAGUAUACCAUCAUUGAAUUCAGAUCCUACAUUUGUACUUAAACCCUUGAGUCCUUGACCAGCUUCGACCUGGAUGUUUGCUUUCUGUUAAUUCCACUUCAUUUUUGCUU